CCCUCCCUACCUCCCCACUCCUCAACUAACUCCCCAUUUCUCUCCCCACAGAAGGUCGCCUCGCCCGUCCCCCGUGGCCUCUCGCCGGGGGGAACAAGCACCCCAUGACCCACCGGGGGAGGAAGGGAGUGGGGGGAUGACGGCCCAGGUCCCCCCCAGCCCCACGAGCAAGGGUCCCGGGGCGCCCAUCGUGACCCCCGGGGCGUCGCUAUCCGUGCCCCUGGGGUCGGUGGGGGUGUACUGGCCUGCCCUGAGAGACCACCCGCCCCCAGUCCCUCCCCAGCUGCUGAAGAAGUUAGCAUGCAAGGAGGCGUCCAGCAUUGGCAAGGUCAAGGUGUUGCUGCGGGUGGCCGGGGCAGGUGAGAUGGGUCAGGGGUCACAGGUGCUCAAGGUGGACCCCAGGAAGAAGACCGUGACCCUGUUUGACCCCGGCUCGGCCACGCCCCCGCCCGCCCAGCACACCGAGGAGGUCAGGGUGGGCAUCGCGGCGCCCAAGAUGUUCACCUUCGAUGGGAUUUACACUCAGGAGGACUCGCAGACGGAGGUGUGUUCAUCCGCCCUGACAGACGUGAUCGUGGCGGUGCUGCGUGGGGUGGACGGAGCGGUGUUUAGCUUCGGCCAGCCCAACCUAGGCCAGGCGUACACCAUGCUGGGGGGCGGGGAGAGCUGCCACACGCUGGGGGUCAUGCCCACGGCCGUCUGGUGGCUGUACCGCGCCCUGCAGGACCACCGCGCCAACACCGGGGCGCGGCACUCCGUCAGGGUGUCCGCGCUGCAGAUCGCCCCGGGGGAUGUGGUCACGGAUCUCCUGGCGCAGUACGCUCAGGGCGAGCAGUCCCCCGGGGUGUUCCUGAUGGAGGACUCAGCCUCGUCUCAGAUGCUGGCUCACGCGGCGGAGGUGCGGGCGCCCACAGUGGAGCGCGCCGCCCACCUGCUGGACGCCGCGCUGGCCCUGCGACACCUGGACGAGCAAGGCCGCCACGCUCACCUGGUCUUCACGCUCAACAUCUACCAGUACUCCGUGGACACCUCAGCCAAGGGGGGAGUGGCGGGGGGCAGGAGUCGCCUACACUUGAUAGACUUCGGGGCCAUGGAGCGAGGGAAGGGCCCGUCCAGACUCAACCUGACGGCCCUCGGGAACGUGAUUCUGGCGAUCUUCAACGGCCAGAAACACCUGCCUUAUAAGGACGGGAAGCUGCCGCGCGUGCUUCGUGAGUGCGUGGGCUCCGUGCGAUGCGUGGCGGCGAUGCUGGUCCAUGUAUCCCCGGCCCCAGCCCUCUACCAGGAGACACUAGCCACGGUGCAGCUGGCCUCCCGGGUGCACAGGCUCAGGCGGCGGCGGAUAAAGCCGCACGUGGGAGGGUCCGGCUCAGGGGGUUCCUCGGAGGAGUCGAAGUCCGGGAGGUCAUCGCGAGGUACGCUGACCGACACGGGGGGGUCAUCCUCGGUUGACCCUUCAUCGUCUGAGCAGUCCUGCGACACCGUGAUCUACGUGGGCCCCGCCGCUGACGAUGCCACGGACGGCGAGCACCCGCCCGUCUACCUCCCCGCCAUCAACUCCGGCGACAACCGAUGCUCCAUGAACAAGGCGCUGCGUGGCUCGGCGGUCGACGGCGCCACCAAGUUCGACUCCCCGCGAACCCCGAGGAAGCCGUCCAAGGCCUCAGGUGGGAAGAGUCCCUCGCGGCCCAGCAAACACCCCUCGAAGGACGGUAAGGAUGCGGCCCACGCCUCGCCGCACAGGACUAAAGACGGGCAUAAAGGUGGUGGUGGUGUGAGUGGAGGUGCCGGUGGUGUUAGGACUAGUGCGAGUGGUGGUGGAGGUGCUGGUGGUGGUGCGGCGGGUGGAGGGGCGGCGAAGUUCCAAGGAUCCUCCCCAGGUGCUAAGGUCUCAACAGGUGCUACUCCCAAGUCCCCGAAAUCCCCGCAUGUGUCGCGCCACGGCCGGCACAAGACGCAGGGGAGCACAAGUACCCACGGGGAGGCAGCGAGCUCCCAGGGUAUACCUCCACACCCUGGGGGGAGCGAAGAGCACUGGAUAGACGGUCCAAGAUUCCACCGCGCAAAGGUCUACGACGGCCACAAAAUGAAGAGCUACGAGAUGGAGACGUGGAUCGACGGCCCGGAGGCGACGUACGGCUACAUGGACGAUCACAAGAAGACCAUGAUCCAGAAGUGGGUGGAGACGCAGAACGCCCAGGUGACGCAGCCCAAGACGCCGGAGAGGAGCCCGAAGCACCACCGCCAGUACAAGGAGCUCACGCAGUUCAAGACCGUCGAGGAUGAGGAAGGGGCGGCCUCCACGUCCUCCCCCAGACACAGGGACAACAGACACAGGGAGAAGAGGAAAAGCAGCGAGUGUAAGGAGGCGAGAAGGGACGGCGGCGUGGCAGGAGUCGCAGCCGGGGCACAAUACCCAGCGACAUACAAGGACUCAACCCCAAGGAAGAGACGAAGUUACGGGGACAAACCACACCCACAGGUCACAACGGAACCCGAGGACGCCGCCAAACCCAAACAAACCCAAGUGGCGCCCUCAGACUCCCCCAAGAGCGACCUUAGAGACUCCGGAACCAAGGGGGAGACACAGGGGCAGCCACGGGGAGACAAAGUGCCUGAAGGAGUUACCGCCCCAACUGAUCUCCCCCAGAAAGCCACCCCAGACGCUAACGCCAAUGUGCCAUCCACCACCCAACACGCGAUUAUACGGAAAACGAGUGAGAUUAGACCAGUUUCGACCAAUCAGAUGGCAGGAGGAGCGCCACGACCAGUGCCCCGCCAAGAGGAGGAAGAGGAAGAGGAAGAGGAGGUACUUCAGGUGAUCUGCGUGGAGAAGGAAACACCGAAAGUCAACCUGAAGACUUACCAAGAAGCCGAAGCAGAGGAUCAAGAAGAAGAGGAAGAGGAAGACAUGGAAGAGGAGGAGGAAGAAGAGGAGGAGGAGGAGGGGGAGGAGGUGGUGGAGGAGGAGAGAGUGGAGGUGAGGUCUUCGGUCGAGAGUACCAGUGGAGGAGGAGGAGACGCAGUGGAGGAUGUCAUCUCCCAGGAAUCUUCCGAGGAGAUGACCGUGGAGGAGGAGGUGGAGGAGGUGGUGUGCGGGAGGAAGACCCUCUUCUUCCUUCGCGAGGUGAGGGACUUGGACGAAGGGGAGGAGGAGCUUGAGGCGGCCCUAGAUCGGUGGUUGGCGGAGGAGGAUCGGGAGUAUAUCGAAGUGGAGGAACCGCAGGAGCCAGUGGAGAUGGUGGACUCUUGGUGUCAGGUUACUGAAGAGGACAUUGAAAGGACACUCGCUGAGGCCGGCAUCCCCCUCCUCCCCCUCCUCCCCCCGGUCCGCCACCUCCUUCCCCCCCUGCAGGAGGAGCCCACGGAGACCCAGGACCAACCCGACGCCCCUCCCACUCCCCCUGAGGUCACGCCCCCCGCCCCCACCGCCGCCGCCGCUCCCCGCUGUGCUCAGGUGGCGAGUAAUGGCAGCAGCAGAAGGGGGUCAGAGGGGGAAGGGGAAGGGGGUCACGAUGCAGCAGAUUCCCCUCUCCUCCCCUCGUCGGAGGCCGAGGCCCCGCCCCCCGGCCAGCGCCGCGGCAGCUCCCGCUACGAGCAGAUGAUCCAGGACCCAAACUUCACCGCCAAGACGCACUACUUCGCGCAGCGCCUCAAGGAGCUGCAGGAGCUGCACGACUUUUACCGCAACCUCGCCAAGCAGGCGCCGCGGGGCCGGAACUCCCUACAUUCGCCCUCCACCAAGGAGCUGGAGGACGAGGAGCAGACAGAGGAGGACUCCAGCUCCAGCGUGUCUGAGGGCGGAGAGGAGGCAGACCCCAAGGCACUGCCUCAGCCGUUCUUCAGCCAGGAGGGCGGCCUGAGCAGCCUCAAGCUGGGCGGCGAGUACGAGCUGGACUGGAAGAGCCUGCUGCCGGACGAGAUCGAGCGGGAGUCCGUGGAGGCCAAGACGGACGGCGAGGACACGAGCUCCGAGCUGUCCAAGGAGACCGGCGACCCGCUCUACGACAUCCAGAGCGACAUCAUGCCCUACCUGCCCAGCAACUACGUCAGCCUCACCACGCUCUCCGCCCUCAGGCAGCCCGACGGCGCCUCCAACCCCAACCUCAACGGCGAGCUGGCUACCGCGGACCCGUCUCCCCCACCACAACCCGCGGCGGCUGUGGCGGCGGCGCCGGCGGCAGCCACCACCGCCGAGCCAGUGGAGGCCCCAGCGGCGGCGGCGGCGGCGCCGCCUGUGGCCCCCGCCGCACCUCUGCCGGCAGUGCUCCAGGAGCGGCUGCCUGGCAACGGCGCCUCGCUGUCUGACGACGAGAACAACGUGAAGCAGGCGAAGGUGAAGAAAGAGAAGCGCAAGAAGAAGCUGUGCCUGCUGCCCAAGGGCGGGCGCGGUGCCGCCAAGGAGGAGGCGGAGGGCGACGAGGCGUCCACGUCCACGCGGCUGAGCUGGAGCCGCUUCUUCGGCAGCCCCAAGCACAAGGCGGCGGCCAAGGACAAGAAGAGCGCCAAGGCCGGCCACAAGUCCAAGUCCCCGACCUCCUCCGGGCGGACCUCCGACAAGGGCGAGCGCAAGGCCCAGCGGGAGCGGGAGAGGUCCAGGGAGUCCCGCAGCGGCGCCGCGCGGGACAAGGCGGGGCGGGAGGCGCGUGGCGGCGGCCACCAGCAGGAGGCCGACGCCGCCAAGCCCACGGAGAGCAAGAACGCCAAGAACCUGCAGAAGUUGGACUCCGAGCGGUCCAACGGCAGCCUGAAGAGCAAGUCCCCGGCGCGCAAGGCCUCGGACGGGCGCGGCAGCAGGAGCGGACGGCGGGAGAGCCGGGAGCAGCUGCAGCAGGGCCAGCAGCAGGCGGCACAGAUGCAGCAGCAGCAGGCGCAGGGCCAGGCCGCGGGGCAGCAGGCGGGGCAGCAGGCGGGGCAGCCGGGCACGCAGGCGGCGCAGGGGCAGCGAUACCAGGGGUUUCACUGGGACUCCCCCCUCCCUCCCUUUCUGCCGGUGACCACGGCGGGGAUCUACCCGGGCUAUGACUCAGGGGCGGACUCCGGCGUGGGACUAAAGGUAAUGCCCCGUGCGAGGAGGUCCAGGGGGGAGAGUCGCCAUGGGGAGAGCUCAGGAUACGAGUCGGUCAUCAGGGACUCCGAGUGUUCAUCCUUCGGGUCAUCACAGGACUCAGGGCUUGACGAUGACGGAGUGAAGGGGAAGACCGGAGGGAGAGGGAGUGAUCACGUAGGAGACCAGACCACCCCCAACACCACCACCACCACCAGCGCGGGGAGACCAGGACGCACCACCACCACCUCAACCCCCACCACCACCCACGCCCGCACCACCACGCCCAGGAGCACCCCAACACACACACGCCAGCAGAGAACCCACACGCAUGCCCACGCCCACCCACACCCAACCUCCUCCCCACACAAGACCCAGAACCAGAGGACAAUGGGAUCGAACUCUUCAAACCCAAACGCUGAAGGAGGCGCCGCAGGAUACCCCACGAAAGUCCCUGUGGAGGAGUUCGACGAGGAGGACGUGGCGAGGUACGAGACCCACAGGACCGAGGAGGAUAUCGCUAAGUGCCGAAGGACCCAGGAGAAGAUUCGGGCCCUGAGGGAGAAGCAGGACCAGUUGAAGCAGGAGUUGGAGGCCGCAAAGAGCCGCCUCAUGAUCGACAAGAGCAGGUGGAGCUUCGAGUUACACGUUGAGGAGUGCAUGACGUGGCGGGACGCGGGUUACAUGGAGGCGCUGCAGCAAGAAACAAUCAUCCUGGCGAAGAGGGUGAUGGCCGCGCGAAGCCGUCUCCAACUUACCACUUGCUUCGACGCCUCCCCCUCCACCCUCCUCCACCCCUCCGUGCUGGAAGGAGAGCCCACAGAGGAAGAGGAGGAGGAGCUGGAAGAGGGACUGGAGGAAAUCGUGUGUCUCGACCUCCCUGCAAGACUAUCCGUGUGUCCUGAUGGUGAGGGAGGACAAAGGGAUGAGGUUUUAAGGGAUGUGGGUGAAGUUGGGAAAGGGGAUGCGGGUAGUGAGAACGGGGUGAGUGUGAAGUCCCCAGUCACCCCUUCCCAGGAUCCCGGGAGUGAUGGGGUGAUGGGAGGGUCGGGAAAGAAUGGGAAGAGGGUAAAGAGGGAAGGGGAGUUAGAGGAUUGGAAACGUUUGAAGGAUUCGCUGCUUCUUUGACUAAACGUUCAUGAGUUAUUCGUUUACUUCGUCUGGUUGAACGUUUUUUCGUCAUUUUACUCCGUCAGCUGUUUCAGGAGAGGGAAGGGAAGAAGCUGGAGUGCUGGAAACGUUUGAAAGAGUCGCUGAUUCCGUGACUAAACGUUUCUAAAUUACUACUUCGCCAGGUAAACGUUUUCGUCUUCUUACUUCUUUACCUGAGCGAGGAUAAGCAUGGAACGUUUCUGCAGGUCUGGGAACGUUGAAGACUCUCAUUUCUCGACUAAACGUUCCUUAAAUUGUGUAGUUCUUCUGACAAAAUAAAAUAAUCAUAUCUUUUUUACACUUCAAGGGAAAUAAUUACACUCUCUUGUAUUUCUGUUCCCUCCUCUUCCCCUCCUCUCAUUCCCCACUGUCCCCUCCUCCUCUUUCCUUCUUUCCCCUCUUCCUCAAUAAACAAACAAUCAAGUCAGAAGCAGAAAACAAGAACAUAACAAUCAAGAACACAAACUACAAAUCUUAGCGAGAAUUGACGCUGGAAAACUAUAAAGGAAGAAACCAAUAGAAAAAUUUAAAGAGCAUUGGAACCUCUAUCUUAGGAUCCAAUACCUUGUUACCGAAUCACAGAGGCGAGUCGGCUAAUGGAGAUGUGCUAAUCCCUCUUCCUCAUCCCUCUUCCCUCCUAAGUCUUCCUCUAGUCCCCCUUACCCCCUGUUCUCCCCUUAAUGUCUUCCUCACCCCUCCUCUCUCUCUCUCUCUUUCCCCGUUCCCCGCUUGUGUGUGUGUGUGUGUGUGUGUGUGUGUGUGUGUGUGUG